UUCUUUUAAUAUUUUAUCCUUCAUUAAAUCAUUCUUUCUCCUGCUAAUUAAGGUAAGAUGAGAGUCUUUUUCUAUUUAUAUCCAUUUCCCUUUCCUCUGGAUAUUUUUGUUAGAUAAUUUGAGAUUCAUGUGUACCCUUUUAAAAAAGGUUUCCUAAUGAUACAACAUUUGAGACAAAAAUGGCUAUCAAUUCAAAUGAUACUAAGACUUUGAUAUGGAAACAUGUUAAAUAUUCUAUAGAAUUUUCCUUCACUUUUGCCAAGAAACAUCCAUUUGUUUCAUCCACUUUGUCAUUCUUCAUCCUAUUUUAUGCUCUUUCACCAUCAAUCACCUGGUUUUUCAUUUAUUCAUUGCCCCUCAUGUUCUUUUUCACUAUUCUUCUUAUAGUUUUUUUUAGCAUACCAAAUUUUAAACAUUUCGAAAGAGAUGUCGAUUCGAAACCUUCUAGGAAAAUUAGCCAUGUAGAUAAAGAUAAUGAUAAUGUCAAUAUUGACAAUAAACAAAAGGCUUUUCUUCGAGCUAGAUCAGUUAGACGAAGAAAAUCCAAGAAACAUAUAGAAAGCGGUGCUGAGGAAUUAAUACAAGGUGCACCUUUUCGAAUACCUUUUAAUGAUCAUGAUUUUGUUGACAAAGGUGCAUUGAUAGAAGAAAAAUUAAAAGAUAUUCGAGAGGUGGAAGUGCAUUCGAUAAGUGAUCGUGCUGAAUGCUCUUCCACCUCGAGUAUUUUCAAAAAUUCAGGGCCUGAGUAUUCUGAAUGCUCAUAUGAAGCAAAUGGCAAAUGUUUUAAAUCUUUUAGCAGUAUAUAUGAGAGAAAAACAGAAUGUUUUGGUGAAAUAGAAAUUGAAGGUGCAAGAAAUAAGGCUGUACAAUGGAAAGAAGAUGAUCAAAAGAAUCUCAUGGAUCUUGGACUUUCUGAGAUUGAAAGAACAAAAAGAUUAGAAAGUUUGAUGGCGAGACGAAGAGCACGAAAGAUGUUGAGCCUCCAGGUUAGAAGGUCAUUGAUGAAUAUAGGCUGCAAAGAAACAUUGACUCCAAUUUCUUCAAUUUUAAUUCCAAAGAACAAAUCAUCAUCAACUAGUCAAUUUUCACCUACCCCGGGCUCGGCCCCUUCUAUUCUAGGACCAAAUCGGAAUCCUUUUGACCUUCCUUAUGAUCAGCAUGAAGAGAAGCCUAAUGUUAGAGGUGGCAGUUUCUUGCAAGAAUUUAUGUCAGCUCAGGAACAGAAGGACAGGAACGAAAGCUUACGAAUAGGGGCUGCUUUUCUAGGGGAUUCGAACCUUGAUCAACGCGAGCCAACACCUUGUUUUGAUGUUCCGUCCAGGCAAAUGUUUCAGGAGGCAUCUGAAAAUUCCAAAUCAAGACACCGAUUAGGUAGGGAAGAUAACGAUAGAGUAGUUGAAGAAGUGACAUCUCAAGCAUCCGAACCGGAGAUGAAUUUGGGCUAUAAAGGAGAACAUAGUAGGGAAGGCCUGGAUAUUAGUCAGGAUGAAAAAGAUAAUAGUGAAGUUCAGAUAAAAUCAGUACUAGUGGAAGACAUAAGCAAUAGGACAAGCUCGACGUCUUCUUCAGAAGAGGAUGGACCAUUUUACAAGAUAGAUAAAGAUGCAAUCUUGAAGUCUAUUGCUUCUCCUGCUCUAAGGAACUUAUCAAGUGAUCCAUCACAUCCUAGUUCAUCAUUGUUGGAUAGCACGAGAGAGGAUGAACGAUUUUACUAUCCGAAUCGUCCUAUGCACCGUACUUCCUGCCACUCUAUUGCUUCUGACUUGCAAGUGGAGGUUUCUGAAGUCGGUUCACCUCCACUGACAAACGAUGGGAGCUCAUCCGCGGAUGAAGAAAUUUCUAUUGAUGGGGAGAUAGAAAAAGCUAUCGCGUCUAGCAGUGAAGACACGCUGAUGUCCUCGUCACAUCUAGCUAGAGUAGAUGAAAAUGAAUCAAAUUCCAAAGAAGUGCGCGAGGUUACUGAGCAAGAUAUUGUGGAUUUUGGAUUUUCGAGGUUCCAAAUGUCCGAGAACAAUGUGCCACACAAUGUUCCAUUGGAACGAUUAGUUGAACCAGAUUCUAUUGCUUCAAGCUCAUUUCCACCUCCAAGGACAGAAAGGACUCAAGCCAGCAGUUAUCAACAGCGUAGGCCGGAAGGACUUUCUGUAGUUGGUGACAGGCUUCAAGGGUCAUUAUUACAACCAGAAUUUUCAGUACAACAACUCCCUUUUGCGUCAACAUCACUAAUAUCACCAACUUCUGUUCUACAACCAAAUUGUCUAAUCGAACAAGGAUCCUCCUCAAAUUUAGAUCAUGUUCAAAAUGAUAGGUCAAUGAACAUUUCUAGUGAAAGAUCAGAUUCAAUUGCUUCACAAGAAUCAGAGCUUAGUUUAAACAAUUCAAUUUUACAAGUUUCAGAAUUACCUUCAGAAACAGAAACUUCAAAUUCAGCUUUACACAAUGACAGUGCAGAACUCAUUAUAGGCAGUGACAGCGAACGACAUAGUGAAAAUGUGGUAUUUUCAACUAUUGGACAAGGACAUCACUCAAUUGAAGCCUCUAGUACAUCAUCAUCUAAGUCCGUAUCGCAACCAAAAUUUGCAACUGAUCAAUUGCCAGAUGAAGUAACUGCUGAACGUUCUGAUCCGAACACUUCUCGGAGCUCGACAUUAUCGAUAAAGGAUCCGAAAGUGAAGAAUUCAGUUCCACAUUCACAGACACAGAAGCCUGCAGAAAAUCCUAAGUCUCUCACUAGCAAUGACAUUCAGGAAACGCUUCGCGAUAAGAGUGGUUCACGGCAUAUUGAAGAAGUAGUUUUUUCUACAAUUAGCCAGAGUUUUGAUGAAUCACAAGCAUCAUCAUCACCACAAGAUUUUGUUGUUGAACAAGUUCCAACUGCCUCUACUUCAUCCCCCUCUCCCAACUCUUUGAUUCAACCAAAGUUCUCAGUAAAUGAAAGGUCCUCAAAUUCUGAGGAACAGAAGAGAGUGCAGAAUUCAUCACAUUCUGAGGAUCAUAUACCUGGUUUUCUAUCAGAGAGAGCAGUCAAUCAAGAUUCUAUCAGCUUACAUUCUAUGGUCCGGGAAGUCCCUACAGCAUCUAGUUCAUCUUCAUCACCUAAGUCUGUACUCGAAGCGAAAUCCUCAACAGGUCAAGGCCCUAUGUUAAAUUCUAACAGGGAGGAACAAAUAGGUGAAAGUCCAAGUCCAAGAAUGUCUAGAAACACAAGAACUUUGUUAAUUGAUUCUGCAGCAGACAAACUUCAUCAUGCAGAUGCUAAGAUGGAACUACUCAAUGAUGAAGAGAAGUCUCAUGAAGAUGCCACAAACCACAAUGAUGUCAAGAAGGAAGAGUUACCCAAAAUACAAGUAGUCUCUGAAUCACUCAAAAACAGCACCACAAAACAUCAUAAGUCAAGUGAUGUUGAAAAUUCUGCUUCCACUUCAACUAACAAGAACCAAAAUACUGGAACUGGAGAAGAUAGAGGAGCAAAAGAACCUGAGAAAACACAUGGUCCUAUUAUUACAACUCAAGAAUCACAGAGUGAGAGAACAGACAGUAAAGAAAAAGCUAAAGAUUCAUGAGCAACAGUUAGGAUUUUUUUUUUCUUGAGAAAAUGAACAUAUACUUGUUUAGUUGUUUCCUGUUGUAUAGUUUGUUAAUGGUAAUGGGUACGACAAUUUGUCUAAUUAUUAAACAACUUAUAGCUCAUCUGAUAGUGUAAAAAUUAUUUUAUAGCGUCAAUGUAUAGAAGUUAAACUCUUUCA